AUGAAGCGAUCAAUCAACGAAGUCAUCGGAUCUUCUUCGGCGAAUCCACUCGAUUCCGCCAAAUCCAUGAAGCCAGUCUUCCUCACCAAAGCCCAGCGCGAAGAAUUAGCCCUAAAGAAACGCCAGGAUGUAAUCGCCGAGCAGCGUCUCCGCCGCGAGCAACUCGGUCGCCCCGAGCCCGAGGAUGAAGACGCGAACGGAGACCGCGGCAAGGAUCGGGAACGAGACCGCGACCUAGAUCGGGUCCGGGACCGAGAGCGCGACCGCGAUAGGGAGAGAGAUAGAGGGCGAGACCGCGAUAGGGAGAGAGAGCGUGACCGUGACCGUCGUGAUCGAGAUCGUGAGCCGGACCGGCGAGUUCGAGAUCGGGAGCGGGAGGAGGAGACCAAGGCGAGGGAGAAGGCGCGGGUUGAGAAGUUAGUCGAGCGAGAGAGGGAGAAGGAGCUCGACGCCAUCAAAGAGCAGUACCUCGGAGGCAAGAAGCCGAAGAAGAGAGUCAUCAGGCCAAGCGAGAAGUUCCGUUUCUCUUUCGAUUGGGAAAACACAGAGGACACCUCGAGGGACAUGAACGCUCUCUACCAAAACCCUCACGAAGCUCAGCUUCUCUUUGGCAGAGGGUUCCGCGCCGGCAUGGACCGCCGCGAGCAGAAGAAGCAAGCGGCCAAGCACGAGAGAGAGAUGCGCGACGAGAUCCGCAAAAAGGACGGCGUCGUUGAGAGACCCGAGGAAGCCGCUGCACAGAAGGAGCGAGAAGAAGCGGCGGAUGCAUACGACUCGUUCGACAUGAGAGUCGAUAGGCACUGGAGCGACAAGAGGCUAGAGGAGAUGAGCGAAAGGGAUUGGCGAAUCUUCAGGGAAGAUUUCAACAUCUCUUACAAGGGCUCUAGAAUCCCUCGUCCAAUGAGGAGCUGGGAAGAGAGCAAGCUAAGCUCUGAGCUUUUAAUGGCUGUGGAGAGAGCUGGCUACAAGAAACCUUCUCCAAUUCAAAUGGCAGCGAUACCACUAGGGCUUCAACAGCGUGAUGUGAUCGGCAUUGCAGAGACUGGCUCCGGUAAGACCGCUGCUUUCGUCUUGCCUAUGUUAGCUUACAUAUCGAGAUUGCCGCCAAUGAGCGAAGGGAAUGAGAAGGAAGGUCCGUACGCUGUGGUUCUUGCACCUACUCGUGAGCUUGCUCAGCAGAUUGAGGAGGAGACUUAUAAAUUCGCGCAUUAUCUAGGGUUUAACGUGACUUCCAUAGUGGGAGGUCAGUCGAUUGAGGAGCAGGGGUUGAAGAUUGUAGCGGGGUGUGAGAUUGUGAUUGCAACUCCUGGUCGUUUGAUUGAUUGCCUUGAGAGGCGUUACGCUGUGUUGAACCAGUGCAACUACGUGGUUCUUGAUGAGGCUGAUCGGAUGAUUGACAUGGGGUUUGAGCCACAGGUUGCUGGUGUGUUGGAUGCUAUGCCGUCAAGUAAUCUGAAACCGGAGAACGAGGAGGAAGAGCUUGACGAGAAGAAGAUCUACAGAACGACUUACAUGUUCAGUGCUACAAUGCCUCCUGGUGUAGAGCGGCUCGCUAGGAAGUACUUGAGGAACCCUGUUGUCGUCACCAUUGGUACUGCAGGGAAGACGACUGAUCUGAUCACGCAGCACGUGAUCAUGAUGAAAGAGUCGGAGAAGUUCUUCAGGUUGCAGAGACUGCUUGACGAGCUCGGAGAUAAAACCGCAAUCGUGUUUGUCAACACGAAGAAGAACGCCGAUUCCAUCGCUAAGAAUCUUGACAAGGCGGGGUACCGAGUCACGACUUUACACGGUGGGAAGUCGCAGGAGCAGAGAGAGAUCAGCUUGGAAGGUUUCAGAGCGAAGAGGUACAACGUUCUCGUGGCGACUGAUGUCGUAGGGCGUGGAAUCGAUAUCCCGGACGUGGCUCAUGUGAUAAACUAUGACAUGCCUAAGCAUAUAGAGAUGUAUACGCAUCGUAUCGGACGUACGGGACGUGCUGGGAAGAGCGGUGUUGCGACUUCGUUCUUGACGCUUCAUGAUACUGAGGUCUUUUAUGAUUUGAAGCAGAUGCUUGUUCAGAGCAACAGUGCGGUCCCUCCUGAGCUAGCGAGACAUGAGGCGUCCAGGUUCAAGCCAGGUACGGUUCCUGAUAGACCACCAAGGCAUAGUGACACUGUCUAUAUAAACUGA